UAAUGUGAUAUCAUUUUCAGUUGGUUUGAUAUGUGAGUGUGUUAUUCUUUCGGUAUUGCAAUUAUUUUCGUGACGUUAACAGCAGCAUCCCUACCAACAGAUGUCUAAGUAACAUCCACAUAUAACUCUGCGUCAAACAUUUGUACGAUUCAAAAUGCAGUUCCAGUCUCCCAUGCCUAGUCGGGAUUACCUCUGGAGCAUCUUCGUAAGAGUUGACAAAGACCGAAGCGGAUAUAUAUCAGCUGAUGAAUUGCAACAAGCGCUAUCAAAUGGAACAUGGAAUCCUUUCAAUCCAGAAACGGUCCGACUUAUGAUAGGAAUGUUUGACAAGGAAAGUAGAGGUGUAAUAUCCUUUGAUGACUUUGGAACUCUCUGGAAAUACGUGAGCGACUGGCAGAACUGCUUUAAAUCAUUUGACACAGACAAUUCGGGAAAUAUAGACAGCAAGGAAUUAAAAAAUGCCUUAAAUGCCUUCGGUUAUCGCCUUCCUGAUGAUACAGCCGAUAUGAUGGUACGGAAGUUUGAUAGAUAUGGCCAAGGGACUAUUCUCUUCGAUGACUUCAUUCAGUGCUGUGUCACCCUUUACACAUUAACAUCUGCGUUUCGUCAACAUGAUCCAAACCAAGACGGAGUAAUAACAAUACACUAUGAACAGUUCCUACGAAUGGUAAUGAGCCUCAAAUUAUAAAAUAUUUUAAUUAAAUAAAUUUAUAAUAC